UUUGACUAUUAAAGUCUCUUUGUUUUCGAACUCUGCGUUUGAGUCCUGCCUUUUUCCAUACGCAACAUCCCUGACACAAACAGCCGGCAGCAACGGCAAAGGUUCUGUUGAUUUCAGAGGGACCGUCUGUUGACUCAGAAGGGCCUCUUCGGGUGAAGCAACAGAACCGUCAAUGAUUGAACAAUUAGGUUUUCGAGGGGAAAAUUAAGCAAAAAUAAAAGACAAAUGAUUUCCAGUUUGUGCGUCCAUCUUAGAUAGAAUCAAAGGGCAGGUGUGCUGUGGCAGGUAACUGCCAAUGUAAACAAAUCUGGUGUAGACUGACAAGAAGAAUGACUGAUUGGUUCAAGGUCGAGUGGCAACGAUUGCCGUGGUGUACUUUCAGCGGUUUUCUACGGAAAACAUUCACGUAAAUAAUUUGAUUCCGUUGUUGAAUAGCUCUCUCAAUGUACUGAAAUAUAAAUUUCAUAGGAGAAAGGACAACAAAGCUUGAUAGAUGAAGGUGAAUAAUAUAAAUUCUGUUAUGCAACCAAAACAGAAAAAAUAAACAUAGAUAUGUUAAUGAAUUAAUCAAUAAAAGUGAAGGGAUUUGACUUAUGGACAUCAUUUACAUUAUAUUACAUUACAUACAAUAUGCACAUAUACAGUGUGUAUAAUCUACAUUUGGAAUUUAUUUACAAUCCAUGACGAUGAUUUACGGUGUUAAACAGAAGAGAAGCCGCGCCAUGACGCUCUGUUUGUAUUCAAAGAUAAACAAUAUAAACUUCUGGACUGAUAGCAGCGCUUCUUCUCGGCUCGGCCCACAGACACCACUUGUUCCUUAAUAUCGGUUGUGUGUGUGUGUGCGUGUGUUUGUGUGUGUGUGUGUGUUUGUUUGGUGGGGGGUGGGUAGUUUAUUCGGAGGGGGAUGACAUGGACAGGAAUGGACAGUUUAAUUAAUAACCACUAUCCAUUUCUCCCUGACCUCAACUGGUCAAACAUGCUCUCAGUGUCCAGGCACAAACAGCUAAAUGUUCAUUGUCAAAUAUUGGUUGAGCUGAAGCUCACUGAGUGGAUGUCAGAAAAAAGGCUGGAAAAGAGGAAAGCUACCAACCGGGACUUUAACAUCAACUGACGCAUAAGGAGUAAACAGAGGUUCACUACGAGCACGUUACAGUCCACCCUGCAUUUUCUGCCUUUGUGCCCAACAACCCUCCUGAAUGAAUGAGUGGGUGGGCACUGACAUCAACGUGGUGGGACCGCUGCAAAUCCCACCCGGCGAUGACUCCAUCUCAGAGAGCGCCCACUUGUUUGACAUCCUGGCAGAUCAAGGCAGUCCUCUCCCGCAGGAUACAGACAUCUUACCCUUCAGCGGCUAUCCAGGCAUGCAGUAUCCGUCCAUGGAGCAGACCAUGUCUUCCACGCCAUACUACUCCAGUCAAAGCUACUACCCUCAGUACCACGGAGAGGAAUGGUUCUCCCACACAGGGAUAUGCGAACUGAGCAAGGAACCCCUGGAGGGCGGUUACGUUGCUGAGAUCGAGGAGGUGUCCCCCGUGGUGCCCGCCGUCUGCAAGAGGACCCGCCACAUGUCGCAGGCUGGACGGGUCAAAGGGGAGCAACUGUGCGUGGUGUGUGGAGACAAGGCCUCUGGGUACCACUAUAACGUUCUCACCUGUGAGGGGUGCAAAGGUUUCUUCAGAAGAAGCAUAACAAAGAACGCUGUUUAUAAAUGCAAGAGUGGCGGAAACUGUGAAAUGGACAUGUACAUGCGCAGGAAAUGCCAGGAGUGUCGACUAAGAAAGUGCAGGGAGAUGGGCAUGCUGGCUGAAUGCCUGCUGACAGAGAUCCAGUGUAAGUCGAAAAGGCUGCGGAAGUACACCAAGGAGUCGCCGGGACAGUCGCCCGGAAACGAGACGGAGGGGGCGGACAACACAGACAACAAACAGGUCUCCUCGACCACCAAACUGUCCAAGGAGAAAUUGGAGAUCAACAGAGAGCAGCGGGCUCUCAUGAAAGCCAUUGUGGAUGCCUACAACAGACAUCAAAUCCCUGAAGACGUAGCCAAAAAACUGCUGCAGGACCAGUACAGCCCAGAGGAAAACUUCCUCCUAUUGACAGAAAUGGCAACUAGUCAAGUUCAAGUUUUGGUGGAAUUUACAAAAAACAUUCCAGGCUUCCUCUCUCUGGAUCGGGAGGAUCAGAUCGCUCUCCUGAAGGGUUCGGCCGUAGAGGCCAUGUUUCUACGCUCUGCGCAGGUUUUCAGCAGAAAGAUGCCCACCGAACACACAGACGUUUUGGAGGAGAGGGUACGCAAGAGCGGUAUACCCGAUGAAUUUAUGACACCCAUGUUCAACUUUUACAAAAGUAUCGGUGAACUCCACAUGGUGCAGGAGGAACAGGCUAUCCUCACUGCCAUAACUAUCCUGACUCCAGAUCGGCCUUAUGUCAAGGAUCCUCAGGCAGUCGAGAGGCUUCAGGAGACCAUGCUGGACGUGCUGAGGAAGCUGUGUGUCCUGCAGCACCCACAAGAGCAGCAGUACUUUGCUCGCCUCCUGGGCCGUCUGACGGAGCUGAGAACGCUCAGCCACUACCACUCCGAGAUGCUCGCUUCCUGGAGAAUGAACGACCAUAAAUUCACGCCGCUGCUCUGUGAGAUAUGGGACGUGCAGUGACGCACCGGGAGAGGCGGAGAAAGUAGUAACAUGGGGAUGAGAACACGAACAUUUGUACUUGUAAGACAAAGUCAUGGUCCAGUGCAUAUUUAUUUUGGGUGAUGUGAGGGUGCGGCAUUAAAUCCCUGGCCACUAUCAUUCUUUUUGAUUCAGUAAAUGGUUUAAAGUAUUGCUUGUGUUUAUUCUGCUCAUGCAUUUAUUUUAUGUAUAACAGUCCUAACAUAUUCAUGUUAAUUUGUUGUGUGAGGCAGCCAACUCUUCGUUGUCUCACUGUUUAGAUGUUAUAACAUCUUGAAGAACAAAAAAGUUCAAACACUGAAACUCAUUCUGAGCAUAGACGGUGCUUAUAAGAAAUCCAAAGUUAAAUUGAGUCAUUUCUCCUUCAAUGAACAAGGUUCACGCUGAAAAAUUAUUUUGAUUAUUUUUAUCCCUGUUAUAUUAGGAGUUCACAUACAGACAUAUCAUGUGGUACAUCCAUAAAUUAUAUUAGUAGCUAUAAAUGUUUUUUUUGCA